AAAAACAGGAUGAUAUACUUUUUUUUGGUCCAAAUUUAAUUGUUAAAAAAAAGUAUAUUAUAUACAUUUAUUUUUGAUAGUGCACAAAUUUGUGGAUGGUUUUUUUUCUUGUUCUUCUUCGUUUUAAAGAACAAGGUCGGUCAAUGAAAGAAAGGAUCGUAAGUGAAAAAAUCGUGAUGGAUCACAUCAUUCAGGUUCAAAGCUUUCAUAAUAAACUAUCUUUACCACUUUAAAAAAUAAAUUCUGUGCUUGAAAAUAAGUAAAAUAACAUAAAACAAAAACAAAACAGAAAAGAAACAAAAAAAAUAAUAACCAAAUAGGGGAAACAACAACAACAACAACAACAUGGCCCUCACAUCUGGUGGUAGUACGGACUGUUUUCAGUUCAUUGAUAUCAAGUACAAGUGUAAACAUUUUAAAACCAUUCGAAGAAGAGACUUGAAGGAAUACUAUCAACAUAUUCUUGGAUAUCGUCAUGUCAAAGAGGAAAUCGUUCUACUAGAACAGGUUAAACAUGGGUCUACGCAUCUUGAACAAGAACAGCUUUCCGAACAUCAUCAUCGUUUCGUUAAGUACAGUAAGAGACGAUGUAAUUGCAAAAUUAAAAAAAUAUCUGCACCUGACAAGCACGCUGAUGGGGCAAAUAGUAAUAGAGCCCAGAAAACGGACAGCGACCGUGACCGCAAAGAUAGCAACAGUUGUCAUUUUCGUGAGACAAGUUUGUUGACGUCAUCGUUGUCUUCUUCUUCUUCUUCGUCGUUGCUAUCUUCAUCAUCGUCAUCAGAAACGUGUACAUCAAUUUUAGCAAGCGUGUGGCAUUGGACGGCACUUGCGCCACCAUUGGGUGUUCGAACAACAACAACAACAACAACAAAUUCAUAUAUUUUUAAUCCAUCACAACCACACGUCCAAAAAGUGUCAUUUUUUUCUGAUUCAUCAUUAGCUGAAUCAUUAUUAUCACAUAAAUUAGAAUCUAUGCCUCUAACUAGUUGUAGGCCUUCAGUUCCAGUUCCACCAAGGCCAAAACCAACAACACCAAUCAAAUUUCCUAAUACAAAACUCGAUGAAAAUUUCAACUGGAGAUCACGAAAUCGAACAAAAUCACCAACACAAUUUAAUUCAGCAUUUUGUGAUAAUUUCAAUUCGGAUUAUUCGAAUAGUAAUUCUAAUAGUAAAUUAAACGGACUGACGACCAUAGCUUCAGCUCGAAAAAAGCAACAGCAGCCGCAGUCACCAUCAUCUUCGAUUCUUAAAUAUCAACAGCAAACACAUCCUAAACUAAGUUGUAGUUACAUGCUUAUGAUAUUGAUUAUGAUUGUUAAAGAGCUUAUUCGACACUUGAGCGAUACCCUAAAACGCAUGAGACGUAAAACUCAAUUUGUUCUUCCUAUACUUAUACUCUUGCAACUACUUAUUGCAGCACCAUUAACACAUUGUACUAGUCCUUCAAAUCAGACUUUAGCUGCAUUUAUAUCUGCAUCGGCACAGUCAGCGCCAUCUGUUGCAUCAUCAAAUGCAGAAUCUUCAUCAACUACAGCAGCCUCAUCAUCGGCAACUGCACUGAACACUGAAUCACAGUCAGUUUCGCCACAAUCAGCAGCAUCAAAAGUAGGUACAAUAUCAAAUCGUCCAACAGGUGGCAGCAGUAUCACAAGUUAUAUAAGCCAUGAGGCGAAAAUUCGCCGUGAUCCUAGUUUAAGUUAUAUCAACAGUGGAUGUCAUUCAUGUCAAAUGCGUGAACAAGUGAAGGCUGAUAAUUUGGAAUCGAUAAAGAGACACAUUUUGCUUCGACUUGAAAUGCAAACUUUGCCCAAUAUCACAGCACCGCAGGUUCCACGAACUAUAAUUGAAAAUUUUUAUAAGAAUCACAGUUUUAAUGAAAAUAAUAAAAAAACAACUUCAUCCUCUUCUUCAUCUUCAUCGUCAUCAUCGUCAUCAUCAUCAGAAAAUUCGCAAUCAUCUUCAGCAACAAAAAGUGAUGAUAUUUACUCAACUUUAUCGUUACCAGAGUCAAAUAUAUUUCUUAAUGGUAAUAGCAAUGAUGGAACUAAAAGGAACGACAAUAUGCAAGGCGAUGAUCCCAAUAUAUUCACAAAUGAUUAUGAUCAAAAUGUUGGCGGACAUGAUCAUAAUGAUGAAGAAUUCAAAGAUGAUAAUGAUGAUGAUAAUGAUGAAGAAAUGCAUAAAAAUGACUUGGAAGAUGAAUUUUUUUCUGUGAUCAAUAGCGUUUAUGUUUUUCCAACAAUGCCCCGUAUGAGACAUAAUCGCAAAGCUGAAAUACUCAAUUUUAAAUUUAAAGGCAACGAACAUUCAACAAUAUCACAAGCCCUAUUGCAUGUUUAUAUACGUGGUCGCGAUUGGAUACGUGAAAAUGCACCAAAUUUGUAUGAUGUCAAAAACCAUAUAAACGAUGAUCAUCGUGAAAUUGUCAUAACUAUACACCGAGUUAUACGUCGUUCAAAUAGCACAAUAGCCACACACACUGUCAAUGUGACUGAAUCACAGCAUAAAAUUCCAAAUGGGCCUGGACAAUGGAUAUCGAUUGAUGUAACGCAAUUAGUUCAAGGAUGGGUUAGAAAUACGACGACAAAUCAAGGAAUUGUGAUAAAAGCUGCUGAAAGUUGGAUGAAACCAUUUAUAAUAACGGGUGAUUUGCCCAACAAUAAGGCAUUCACAGUUUAUAUUGAGAUGCUAACAAAAGACAAUAGAAAACGUCGAACCAAACGCAAUACAUCAAUGAAUUGUUCCGAAAGUGACAACGAAGAACGCUGCUGUCGCUAUCCAUUAGUUGUCAAUUUUGUUGAAUUCGAUUGGACCUGGGUUGUUGCACCAACAUCAUUUAAUGCAUAUUUUUGCAAUGGUGAAUGUAAGCUUGGUUUUUUAGAAAAAUAUCCACAUACGCAUUUAAUGCAAUUGAGUACAGCACCUCAGCCAUGUUGUUCACCAACCAAAAUGAGUCCAUUAAAUUUAUUGUAUUUUAAUACAGAAAACACAUUGGUUAUGAGCACAAUACCCAACAUGGCUGUUGAGAAAUGCAGUUGUUCGUAGUGUAUUUUUGUUCAUUUUUAAGAAGGUAAAUAAAAAAAAAAAAAUAAUUUAAAAAAAAAAAAAAAAACUAUG